GCUUUCUGGCAAAUGUAGGUUACAAAAAGGUGCGGGUUUCUAGGGAGACAGACGGGGGGAGAGCGGUCCUUUGAGGAAGAUGUGAGCGGCCUUGCAGGAAAGCAUGAGAGAGAAACGAGACGAGAGUAUGGUGAAAGUCCUCUCCGGGUUGUAUGAUGGAAGGACUGGAAAAUGAGCGAUCCAUAUGCAGCUCUAGUCCCUACCCAUGGCUCAAUCACCCCAAACCGGAGGCCUCAACCCUGCUAUGGAAACUCAAAGACUGCUUCUCCACCUAUGAGACGACCUCCCUUCAUCACAGAGAUAAAGAAAACAAUUACAUGGACAACAGAAAGGCCGUGCUGGAACUGAAAGAUGUCCCUCCUCCUCCUCCGCACCAUACUUCCUCUUCCCAAUCAUCCCAGCCCUUCUCUUCUCUGGCCCCUCUCCCAAUGCCCCCUCCUUGCUUGCCUCCUCCUCAGCUUACACAAGACUCCCACCAACCACCACCACCGCCGCAGCAGCAUCAAGAGGGGGCUAGCCCCAAAGUAAGCAUUUGCACUCAGUGUGACUAUUGCAGAACAGAUGGCUAUGGGUUAUUGGGUGGCGGAGGUGUUGUCGGUAGCAGCAGCAGCGUUGCUGGUGUUGUGUCCGUCUAUAUGGCCCCAAGCUCUGUGGGUGCCCCCAUCAGCAGCAGCAGGUCUGACUCAUGCUCUGUAGCUUCAUCUGUUCAUCAGUAUAAACAUAACCUGAGCUGCGGAAGUGGAGGUGAAGUCCUCGAUCCUCUGCUUAGUCUUGGUUACAAACCUCAGCUCCUAUCCUCUGUCGCUACCUCACAGCCUAUUUCAUCACAUCCCUACCUCUCCUGCUGCUCAGGGCUUCUGCACACCUACCCAUCUGCACCUCUGUCGUGUAGCCAACCCAGCCUGUUUACCUCCUCAGCGCCUCUGGCUUCCUCUCUCCCCUGUGUUUCCACUCUACCCACUCCCUUGCAUGGCUCUUGCCUGGCCUCUUCUGGCUACUACACCUGUGGUGUGGACUGCUGCCCAUCAGCCAGAAGAUCCCAGAGAAGCACACUCGGUGAUCACCCAACCACCACCACCAUCACUACUACAACCACCUCCGCACACUUCUGCUCUAAUCCUAUGCACCUAAAUGUAGAACGCACGGUUUGUGUGAAGGGGGCACACUACUGCCAGGACUGCCUGCUGAAGCCCAUGAAUGGACUGCCGUCAGAGUCCGACAAGGUGUGGCCAAAUAUUCCUGUUCCCCACACGGCUCCUAUUCCUAUCCCAAUCUGUAAUGGCUGUGGCACCUCCUCUGAUAGCAUGAUGCUCAUGCCAUCGACCAGCCUUGGCAAGACUGGCCAGAAGUAUGGUUCUCCAGAGAGUAGUGGUCCUGAGAACAUCCCUCCAGUCGGUGUCUUCUGGGACAUCGAGAACUGCAGCGUGCCCAGCGGUCGCUCCGCUGCAGCUGUGGUCCAGCGUAUCCGCAGCCGUUUCUUCCAGGGCCACCGCGAGGCAGAGUUCAUUUGCGUCUGUGAUAUCAGCAAGGAGAGUAAAGCCGUCAUCCAAGAGCUCAACAACUGCCAGGUUACUGUUGCACAUAUCAAUGCUACAGCCAAGAAUGCCGCCGAUGACAAGCUUCGCCAAAGCCUCCGACGCUUCGCUGAGACCCACACCGCACCUGCCACUGUCGUACUAGUCUCCUCUGACGUGAACUUUGCAAGCGAGCUGAGUGACCUGCGUCAUCGCCAUGGUUUCCAGGUAAUCCUGGUCCAUGGCAACCACACAUCUUCAGCCCUACUGCAGCACGCCAACUGCCACGUGGCCUUUCAGGAGAUCACGGCUGAUCUGCCACCACGCAUGCUUGUCAAAGCGCAGCCCAGUUUCAACCUCCUCUAUGCGCACAACCUCCCUGUCAACUGUGACAAGAGCCUGCGGAACGCUGUGAAGCUCAGGCUCCGCCGCCUGUCAGACAACUGUGGUGGCAAAGUGCUUGGCAUGUCCCAGGGCACGGCAGUCCUCCGUUUUGGCAGCCCUGAGGCAGCUGCGCGUGCCCGCAAGCGAAUGGAAAAUGAGGAUGUGUUUGGCCACCGAAUCAGCCUCUCCUUCUCCCCGCGGCCCCGAGAUGAUGCAAGUCCUGAGCCUGAGCUUCAGUCUCGGUCCCAUCACUUGCUUCAGCCUCAGACUCUGCCCCAAACCAGUCAAAACCAGGAUUCAGUGUUCGCCCCUCCCCCAACCAUAUCCUCCUUCUCUUUUCUGCCCCUGGAGAAGCCCAGGUCACCCAGGAGGCCACGGCGAACAACACGCCCGUGCCACACCCCAGGCCCAGUGCCUGAAAGGCCCUACAGCCCCAGGAGGGGGUGCAGUGGGCCUCCCGGUGGUGCUCCAGCCAAGCCCCAUCAGGAGCUGGGUAGUUUGGAGGGCAAGCCCAGAAUGGGCUUCCACCUCCCAGAGAAAGGACGCACCGCUUCCUCUUCACCCCACAGCAAUGGUGAGACAGGAGUCCUGGAUCAGCUGUCCAAGCCUGGCCUCACUGGAGAAUCCAUAUACAGGAGGAGAAGAGAAGGCUCCAAUCCUCGCAGUGUGAAUGAGUCUCCUGUCGAACAAGUGGACAGGAGCUCAGGGGAGUUCCAGAUUAGUACACCCUCAGCCUUCAGCAAGUUGAACCUGCACAGGAGUUUCAGUCCCCUCGUUCUGUCCCAGGGCUCCUGGUCAUCCAGGAGUGCGUCCCCCUGCCUGUCCAGCCGGUCCUCACCUCUUUUGACUGCUCCUCGCAGUCCGUGUCCUGAAGGUCCUCCUCAGCCUUUCUCAGAUGGGGCAGAGGUCCAGGUGGCCAACCUGGACUACAGAAUGUCCCGCAAGGAUCUGCAGCAGACUCUGCAUGACACCUUCUCCCGAUACGGGCGGGUGAAAGCGGUGGAGCUUAGCCCCCACACUGACUAUCAGCUGAAGGCCACAAUCCAGAUGUUAUUCCUGCAGCAGGCCAUAAGUGCCGUCAGUGGCCUUCACCGUUAUAAGAUCGGUGGCAAGCGCAUACAGGUGUCUCUGAUCACCGGUGGCAACAACAAAUCCCUUGCCAUGCUCAGCACUGAGAUCAUCAGCAUUCUUCAGGAUGCACCUGCCAAUUGUCUUCCCCUCUUCAAGUUUACUGAGAUCUAUGAGAAAAAAUAUUCCCGUAAGCUCGUGGUUGGGGAUCUGUACAGGCUACCGGAAGUGGUGGCAGUGCGUGAACAGGGAGGCUCGAGGCUUGUCUGUCUUCUGCCCAGCAGCCUAAUCCGUCAGAGUCCACUGGGUUCCUCCCAAUCCCAGGAGGGCUCCUCCUCUACUAGUGGCAGCCCUGUGGUGUUUGAGGAGCUGGAGUACCAUGAACCUGUCUGCAGACAACACUACACACAGCAGGACUUCAGUGAGGCUGACUUUGACCCCGACUCUUAUAAAAUCCCCUUUGUCGUGAUGUCUCUGAGCACCUUAGCCUCUGAGGUCCACAGUCUGUUGCAGUCACAUGAGGGAACUCUGCCACUGCUCAGUUUUCCAGAGUGCUAUGCAGCAAAAUUCAGCCCUCUGCAGCUGGGCAAUGAGACCCUGGAGGGUGGCGUUUCUCUGGAGCACCUCAUUACUUGUGUUCCCAGCAUCACAAUAGUUACAGCUCAGAAUGGCUUCAAAGUCAUCAAGUGGAUCCACAACAAACCACCAGCACCAAACUCCGAGCCAUGGAUUCAGCGCUGCAAGAGUCCGGUUGGCAACCCACAGCUCAUUCAGUUCAGCCGAGAGAUUAUUGACCUGCUGAAGAGUCAGCCUUCUUGCAUCAUGCCAAUGAGCAAGUUCAUCCCUUCCUACCACCAUCACUUUGCCAAGCAGUGCCGUGUCUCAGACUAUGGCUACUCCAAACUGCUGGAGCUUCUAGAGGCCGUGCCACAUGUCCUGCAGAUCUUGGGUAUGGGUACCAAGCGUUUACUGACCCUGACCCAUCGUGCUCAAGUGAAGCGCUUCACCCAAGACCUGCUCAAACUGCUUAAAUUUCAAGCCAGCAAACAAGUGGCCAUCAAGGACUUCAUGCAGGCAUACCAUUGGUGCUUCUCCAGAGACUGGAGGAUAAUCGACUAUGGCAUAUGUGACCUGAUGGACCUGCUGACUGAGAUUCCUGAUACCACCAUCACUAUUACACACCAGGACACAGACACAGUCAUCUCUGUUCCCAAGAGAGAGCGUACCGUGGAGGAAAUGGAGCGCACCAAGCAGUUUGGGAAGGAGGUGGUGGAUCUUCUUCGUCACCAGCCUCACUGCCGAAUGCCCUUCAGCAAGUUUAUCCCCACCUACCACCAUCACUUUGGUCGUCAGUGCAAGCUCAGCUACUACGGCUUCACCAAGCUCAUGGAGCUCUUCGAGGCGAUCCCCGACAUACUGAUGGUGUUAGAGUGUGGUGAGGAGAAAGUGCUGACACUGACAGAAGUGGAGCGUAUCAAAGCUCUGGCAGCUCAGCUGGUCAAGCUGCUCCGGGCUCAGAAAAACUCCAGCCUUCCCGUCAGCCAGCUGCUCACCGAGUACAGCAAGACUUUUGGUUAUGGUCUGCGUCUGCAGGAUUACGACGCCAGCUCCCUGCCGGCUCUGCUGACCAAACUCUGCCAUGUUGUCAAGGUGGUGGAUGGCUCUGAGGGUCGGGAAGUACAGCUGAUCAACAGGAAGUCUUUGCGCUCGCUAACCUCCCAGCUCCUCAGCCUGCUCAUGUCCCAAGAGGAGGACCAAGUCAGCAACGGUCUCAGAGUGGACGUGCUGAGUGAGCAGUACCGGACCGUCCAUGGAGCCCUACUCAACCCAUGUGAAUAUGGGUUCCUCUCCCUCAGCGAGUUGCUCAAGAGCCUGCCCUACCUCGUGGAGUUGUACCAUGAAGAAAGUGAUGACAACAAUGCUGGCGUCACGGCCGGUGGUCGUGGUGAGGACUGGGUGAGGCUGACCAGGCUUUAUCAGUUUGCCCGUAACAUCCGCGCCCUGCUUCACACCUACCAUUACAACCAGAUCUUCCUGACGGAGUUCCAGGGGGCUUACAACAAAUUUACAGGCUGCUCCCUCGAACCACGUUCCUAUGGAUACAUCAGUGUCGAUGAGCUGCUCAGCGCCAUUCCACAGGUGGUCUGGAUCAAAGGGCACGGCCGCAAGAGGAUUAUCGUUUUGAAGAACGAUAUGAAAGCAAGGGCAAGCUCUUCAGCCCCCAACAGCCCUCAGCCAGAAGAGAACAUGGAGAGCCCGAGAGACAGCCCAGUUAGCAGCGCUUCUGGAGCCCAGAGUCCAGAUGGCGACACAGCAUCAGAGUCAGAGCUGCUGUGUCUGACUUCACCAGUAGACCUGCUGUGUGGUCCUGUACCAUCCUGCUUGCCUUCACCUCAGCUCCACCCUGACCCCAUUCUCCUCCAGGAGACAGACCUGAUCCACUUUGAGAAGACUCCACCACCACCAGAGAGUGAACCUGCGGUGGCAGCUGUCGCCGGCAGCACAUCUGAGCUGCUCGGCAGCACAGAAAACUCCGCAGCCACCAAGCCUCCGCCGCCCCCUGACAUGAAGACCCCGCUGUCAGCGGAGAGUCCCAGCAGAAGAGCCACACGCAGUAGAAUCAAGCUAGCUGCUAACUUCUCUUUCACCGCAGGCCUCUGAUCCACACACACACACACUAAGCAAUACUAGUUCACACAUAGUGUAACUCUAAAUACAAGAGUUGACCGGCUACACUGAACACACACCGCACAGAAGUGACCCCAGAAGAGCAUCGGUAUCGUCCCCUCUACAUCCCACACAACAGGCUGUUGCAUCCUUCUUUCUUCUUUAACUGCUCAUCGUUGUUCUUUGUUUGCUCGUCUCACAAUCCGAUGGCAUUCACCAAGCUGUGAUUUUUCUUCUUGCAGAUUCUCUGCAAUUCUUUAAUUUGCCAAAAAAAAAACCUACUGUAACCUGUGUUUGAUUUCAUCCGGAGGGAAGUUAAAUUAUAUUUCCAUGAAUGUGAAUCUUCAGUUUUGAGCCACUUUGUGUCAAAGAACACUCACUAGUGAACGCAGGGUUUAAAGUAUGAGUUAGUUGUCACUGUAUACACAGUAUUGGGUAAUUGGGGGAAACACUAGAGAUGAGUAGCUAAGUUUUCUAUGUAAAAUCCAAGAAAUGUAGUUGCCCACGUUCUGUUUAUAAGAUGACAAAUAACAGAAGGUUUAGAGAUGUUUUGUUCAUGUACCAUAUUGUGAAACCUUCAUGCAAUCCCCAAAGACAGAGCAUUUAAUUUAAGACAUUCAUUUUUGAACUCCUUUCAAAUUUUUGGGAGAUUUUGCUUUGUAGAUAACUGUAGACAUGACAACCAAACUGGUCGCCGAGCACCUGCCUGUUUCAUGCUUUGUCUUCUUUUGUGUACAGUUUUUUUAAAGACGUAGCUUCUCUUUGAGGUCUAUUCUCGACUUUUGUCUCUGUUUGUAAAGUAGCCCAAGGACAGUAUUUUCAGUUGCUUUUAUAAUAUGCAGAGUAUUUAGUAGUCUGUGGAAGAGUUUGGCCUGAAUGUGUGGCAUAUUUGGUGGCAAUUCAAUGAUGAAGGGCUGAAGAGAUAAACAUUGCCUGUUCAGGUGGUGGCUUUUAUUAAAGGACGCUAACCGCUUUUGAACAGUUCAAACAUCGGUGGCAAAGUUCUGAUUGAAGCGCUGCUCUCAGGAAUUUUUAUUCUUGUUGUAUUUUUGACUUAAGUUAUAGCAAAGAUUUUGGCUUUGUCUUUCCAGAGGCCACUAAUGAAGGCCUGAAAGGGAAAACGGCUCCUUAAGACUCGGGCAACGCGUGUGCUUGGGCAGCAGGAACUGAGGUAUACUUUUGAUUGUUGGGCUUUAGCCAGCAGCCAGUGUGUUUGUGUUGUUUUAGGUGUAUUUUGUCUGUGUGUGGUUUACACUGGAGUCGGUGGUGUGAAAUAUGCAUGGUGUGCAUAAAUGAGUUUAUGCAUGGUGUAAGCCCAGGAGGAGCAGACAGGAACAGACGAUGGUAAGACAUUCUUUAAGAUCGGACCUUUUAUUUCCACCAUGUUUUAGAGAUCUUAAGAGUUGGCAUCACCCUGGCAGUUGCCACAUAAACGCUCAAGGUUUUUUAAGUUAACCUUGUCGCUCGUAGUCGCUGCAUCUGUGGUGAUGUCCACGCCACCUGAGUUGAAGAGUUCAAGGGGAGCAGUGGGCACUCCUGAGUUUUUUGGUUUUAAAUGACAGGGUGAAUGGUUGUAAGUUUUUAGGGAGAAGAGAUGUGACGGGAGGCGGUGGGCUGUUUUGUGGACCACCAUGGGGGGCUCUGGGCAGCCUCCUGAACAGACUGUGACGUUGCACACAGAGGGACCCUCUGCGGCUCUCUGGAAUCUGCCGGGCUUUUACAAUGGCUUGUAUUUGCCACGGUGCCAAAGGAAAUCGCCAUCGCACCUCCCCAUACCUUGCAUCUCAAGUAGAGGAGUUUUUACUUAGCGAUGUGUGUUUGUUUCUGUUUUCCUCUGUCUCAUGUGUUUACAAAGCCGCUGGCUGCUGAGUUGCCACCAAAUGAUGUCAGCUGCAUGUGAAGUUCAGCACAAUCCGGGUGCUGCUGCUGCUGUCGGAAGGUUUGUUGUGUUCAGAGAAAAGGUUCAAAGAAAUGGGUAAGAGCCCAUUUUAUCAGUUUCUGUCCAGUACAGUGUUUACAUCUUUAGGCAGUGUUGUGACACAAGUUUUCUUUGUCAGACUUGAUUUUUGUCUUGGUGUGAAAAGCCUUCUUAAAAGAUGAGAAACCAUCUGCCAACGCACCGAAACGGCAAUGGAAAAAAUGUUUUUAAUUCGGGCUGUUAGGGUUCACGUCUCUCCUGCAGUGUGUCUAGAAACCUCUUUUGAUUAAAGAAUGAGCAGCUCACAAGAAGUUAAUGAUUUAGAAUUAGUAAUGAUAGAAAGGGGAUUAAAAUGCUGAUUAAAAUGUAUUACUUUUUGUGAAUUUCAGCAAACCCUAGCUCUCCCUAGUACUACAGUGGCAACUAACUCAGAUGAAUACAUUUAACUUCCCUGUUUUAGCUUUCUCUUUGUUUUGGUUACAUCAGCGAGAAGCUAUAGUACCUGUCAAAAUAUGCACUUUUGCAUAGUUUUGGUUCAUGAAAUGCAUAUGUGAAGUUAGUUAGUGGCCAGAGAGUGGUUGAAACAUGUUUUCGUGUCUUUACCUCAGUUUAACUAUCUGACCUUGUUCAGUUUUCACGUUGCAUGACAGCAUUUCCUUUUAUUCAGCAGUGUCCUUCAAUCUCCUGCCUUGUUGUUGUUGUUUUUGUUUACUUAGUCAACAGUUGUCUCACUGAUGUGUCCUCUCCACAUUCGCCUGACCCCCUCUGUCACAUCGCUUCACUGCCUCACUGCACCAGAAGUCGCUGUAACAGUCUAAUGUUGUUGAAGGGACCAAAAAGAUUUCGGUAAAUAAAUUUCACAAGCAUCA